AUGACCAGCCCGCGCCCAGACGGCGACACAAAAAAAGACCAAUUCCCAACAUGGACAUACGACCUAAAACUCGACCUCAACACAGGGAUCCGCAAAUCAGAAACCCUGACCCAUUCACGCAGCCGCACUAUCCUAACCACAUAUAUCCACGCCCUCAACUACGACUCCCUGCGCUUCCUCGGCCCCGACGGCCGCGCGUAUAUGUGGGUUAGCCAGCACGCCGUCAGCGCGCUCAACGGCGCGCGCUGGGACACGCUGCGCCACGCACUGUUCGCCGCCACGUCGAACUCGCCGGAUCCGCUGUAUGGGCAGAUUGUCGCCGACCAUGCGUUCUGGAACGGCGCGGGCGAGGAGGCGCUGUAUAUUCGGUCUAGCAGCGUCGAUCCGGACCUCGUCGUGGCGUCGCUGCAGGUCAUCAAGGACUGGGAAAAGCACACCCUCCGGCUGGAGAAGAAGAGUAGUAGUAAGGCGUUUGCGGCUGGUGAGGAGAUGGCGCGGAGGGGGAACUUGGGGAGGGCGCGGUAUUGGCGGGCG